AGUGGAAGUCACCAUAAAGUUUCUGUUUCCCCUGUUGUCCAUGUUCGAGGACUCUGUGAAUCUGUGGUGGAAGCAGACCUUGUGGAGGCGCUGGAGAAAUUUGGGACUAUAUGCUAUGUCAUGAUGAUGCCAUUUAAACGGCAGGCUCUAGUGGAAUUUGAAAACAUAGAUAGUGCCAAAGAAUGUGUGACAUUUGCUGCAGAUGAGCCCGUGUAUAUUGCUGGCCAGCAGGCUUUUUUCAACUACUCUACGAGCAAAAGGAUCACUCGGCCUGGAAACACUGACGAUCCAUCAGGAGGCAACAAAGUCCUUUUACUCUCCAUACAGAAUCCUCUGUAUCCGAUUACAGUGGAUGUUUUAUAUACUGUCUGCAACCCUGUUGGAAAAGUACAACGUAUUGUUAUAUUCAAGAGGAAUGGGAUACAAGCAAUGGUUGAGUUUGAAUCAGUGCUUUGUGCACAGAAAGCUAAAGCAGCGCUCAAUGGAGCAGAUAUAUAUGCUGGCUGUUGCACGUUGAAAAUUGAAUAUGCCAGGCCAACUCGUCUCAAUGUUAUUAGGAAUGACAAUGACAGUUGGGACUACACUAAACCAUAUUUGGGAAGACGAGAUAGAGGAAAGGGUCGCCAGAGACAAGCCAUUUUGGGAGAACACCCUUCUUCGUUUAGACAUGAUGGCUAUGGAUCCCACGGCCCACUGUUGCCUUUACCAAGUCGUUACCGAAUGGGCUCUCGAGACACACCUGAGCUUGUUGCAUACCCAUUACCACAGGCUUCUUCCUCUUACAUGCACGGAGGGAAUCCCUCCGGUUCAGUUGUGAUGGUUAGUGGAUUACAUCAACUGAAAAUGAAUUGUUCAAGAGUCUUCAACCUAUUCUGCUUGUAUGGGAAUAUUGAAAAGGUAAAAUUUAUGAAGACCAUUCCAGGUACAGCUCUAGUAGAAAUGGGUGAUGAGUAUGCUGUAGAAAGAGCUGUCACACACCUUAAUAACGUCAAAUUAUUUGGGAAAAGACUUAAUGUUUGUGUGUCUAAACAGCAUUCAGUUGUUCCCAGUCAAAUAUUUGAACUGGAGGAUGGUACAAGCAGCUACAAAGAUUUUGCAAUGAGCAAAAAUAACCGUUUUACAAGUGCUGGCCAAGCAUCUAAGAAUAUAAUCCAGCCACCGUCGUGUGUCCUGCAUUAUUAUAAUGUCCCGCUGUGUGUCACGGAGGAGACCUUCACAAAGUUGUGUAAUGACCAUGAAGUUCUUACCUUCAUCAAAUAUAAAGUGUUUGAUGCAAAACCUUCUGCCAAAACACUUUCUGGGCUACUAGAAUGGGAAUGUAAAACGGAUGCCGUGGAAGCCCUGACAGCCCUUAAUCACUACCAGAUAAGAGUCCCAAAUGGCUCCAAUCCCUACACAUUGAAGCUUUGUUUUUCUACAUCAUCCCAUUUAUAAGAAGAUGUGAAUGAGCAUGUUAGAAUUUAUGUUUGCCUUUAUUACAAUUUUAAAGCUAUGCUUCCUUUAAAAAUUCUAAAGUGGUUUAAUGUUGCCUUGCUUACUUUGACUUAAGAUCCUGUUCUGUAAUAAACAGAUAUUUUGCCUCAAGUAAACUUGUUGUAAACUUUAAUACGGAACUGUUUUCAUUUUAAAAUAGAAAUAUCCUAAUGUAGACUGUCUACAGCUUCAUUGCAGAUUAUGCAGAUAUAUGAUUUUUAACCAUAUUACUAUAAUUUUUCUUCCACAGUGAAAAUAUAUUUGCAUUCUUAAUGUUAAUUCUUUGCAAGUAUUUUUCCAUUGUGUCUGAGAUUAAUGCAAGUGGAAGUAUUGCAUUUUAAUACUAUAGAGUUCCUAUUAUAUGUUUAGAUGUUCAAGUAUGUUGCAGUUGUCCAUAUUAAAACAUAACUUGUAUUUAUUAAUAUUUUAAUCAAGUUUGAGAAUAACAUUGCACAUAUUGAAUUUUGAGUACUACAGAUGCAUCUGAUUUUAUAUUUCUGAAAGGCUAACAGACAUGUGGGUCCAUAGGCAUAGUGUGCAGUCAAGCGUAUUAAAUUGGUGUCUUUUUAAGUCAGUAUCCAUUUGUAUUGAUAUGCCUCUAUGUGUUUCUAGUUCCAGUUUGAGGUUUUAUAAAGUGACAGCAAUGAGUUCAUGCGUUCAUCUUUGUUUGCUGCAUGUGACUUAACCUUGAAACAACAUCUAAUACUUGACACUGAGAUUUUAAUAGAAGCUAUGGUCAACAAUUCUUCUAGAUGAUGAUAUGGGAUUGAUGGAUGGUAUUUAGGGGAGUCUCUGAUGCCUCUAAAUUUGUAUGUAGAAUUUUGGGUAUUUGCAUUUUUAUUUUUUGCUCUUGGAUCCAUCAGUAAUAUAUGUAUUUUUCUAUAUGGUGCAGGGUGUAAGGAUCUAAUAUUAUUUUUAUUCCAAACAGAUAGCUCUUUGUCUCAAUGCCAUUGAUUAAACAUUCUUCCUUCCACUGGA